GUUAGAAUGGACUUGUUUGUUUACUGUUAACAUGGAGGUCGAAUCAGAUAGAUUGAUUUCCUUAGUUUUCUUGAGAAGAGCGUUGUGGGACAAAACAUCGAAGCAGUACCGAGACAGGUUGUGUGUUAACAGUCUUUGGCAUCAAGUUGCAGCCGAAUUGGGAGUAAAUACAACGUCAGAUGCUGUAAAAAAGAAGUGGAAAAAUCUACGAGACGCAUUCGGGAAAGAGUUGCGGAAGUUCCCGGUAGCAAAAUCCGAGGAAGGAGACCCAUUGAACAUUGAAAAAUACACCACUUGGCCCCACUUCGAGUCGAUGUUGUUUCUCAAAGAUCAGAUGAAACCCCGAAAAUAUGGCGGAAAUCUUUCGGCUAGAGGAGCCGAGGAUGAUUCGGAAGAUGUCGCAGUCGAGUCUGAGGAAUCAAACGGAAAUGAUUAUUCGAAUGUAUUCGAGAUAAAUUACUUGGAGGAACCUCCAUUCAUUUCCUCCACACAAUCUCAAACUAGUUCUCAACAGUCAAACAGAUCUGUAAAGCGGAGUAGCAUUCAGCAGCUGGUUGAAAUUGAGGCCAAGAAAAUGCUGCUCGAACAAAAGGUGAAUAAGUCUACCGCUGAUGACGAUGAAGAUGAAGCAUUUUUUAAAAGUCUGCUCCCACAUGUGCGUAAAUUAAUGCCGGAAGAAAAGCUAGAGUUUCGCAUGGACGUGCAAAGUCUCGUUCAGAACUAUGUCUACAAGAGAAAAAAGGAUUGCUAAAUAGUCCGAAUACACGCAACAAUUCAUUGAAAUAAUUUAUUUGACUGUGUACAAAAUAAUAAUAAAACCAUGAUGAACCAUUUUUUAAAUACAUGAACCUGAAACAUAUUUUAUUCGUUCAUUUUUUUUAUAUUUUUUGCUUAAACAGGAUUGAAUAUAUUCGAGAAAGUCAAGAAACUCUUGGGGAACUAAGCGUAAGUGAUUAUAGAUUGAA